AUGACCUCUUCACAUCGCGCGGCCAAUUCCCCAACCACUCCCUCCCAUCCCGCACACACGCUCGUCGCCCGCGCACACUCGCCCGAUGCCGCGAGCCGCAUCUUUGGCGACAAGAUCAAGAACAAGCCCCUGCUCCUCAACCCGACGGCCUCGGCCGACAGAGACAAGCGUGCCCUUCGACGCCACGUCCGACUGCGCAAACGGGAAUAUUACCUGCGCAAGAGGAAGCCACGGCCGCUAAGCGCGAAAGAAAAGAGAGAGCUAGGCGUGUUCGAGCUGAAGAAGGAGGAAAUGAGGUAUGAGAUUUACAAGGGCCUACAUCGGAUGUGGGUGGACUAUAUGCUCGAGGUGCUGGGGUAUGUGAAAGACGGACAGGUUGUGCAGAGUUUCGCGAAGACAGUCACACCGCAGGGCCACGGUCCACUGUUGGCGAGCGCGGACUUUCAUGGCGCAGACCUGGAGGUGGUCCGGUGUUCAGAUGCGGGGAGGGUGGGCACCAAGGGGAUUGUAAUUCGGGAUACCAAGUUCACGUUUGUGCUUGUUACGCCGAAGGACGAGGUGAGGGUGGUGCCCAAGAAGAAUACAGUGUUUCGAUACGAGAUUCCUUUGCCUGAAAGUGGUGCUGACGGAGGGCAGCAGGGAGAUGAGGGCGAGAGGCAGGGGCGAAGCUUGGUGUUUGAAUUACACGGGAACCAGUUCGAGUUCAGGCCUGCGGACAGGGCGAAUCGAAAAUUCAAAUGGAAGGUGACGGACUACUUGUGA